AUGUUUAGUGUUGCAGAUACUUCUCUUCAUAAUGGAUCUGUCGUUCAAGAAAAUACCUUUACAGAUGCAUCCUUUUCAUCCUACCUUAAACCCAAAGAACCUAAACAGAAUUCCCCAGAAAAUGACACUGAGAUAAGCAUUUUUGAAGCCCAGAAAUACUUCAGUGAAAACGAUGAUCCAAAAGACAGUAAAGGACUGUCUAUAACAAAUCAGAUAGAUGCAUCAGAUCCAUCUGAUGCAGUAUCAGUUCCAAGAUUGUCAUCAGUUUCUUCUAUUGAUGGAUAUGGAAGGAAUUUUCAAACACGAUCAUUCCACGCUACGCCUACAGCCUCGUCUGAGGCCAGUUGGAAUAGCCAGACGGGGCUUUUGGCAAAUCCUCCAGGUUCCAUUGCAGUUAAGCUGAAGAAUUUUCCACCUGAUCAUGGCCAGAAAAGAAGUUCUAAUGCCAUGAAAUGGAUUUUUGGGAGAAAAUGUUGCUGCAGUGGGAAGAAAUGUGUACAAGUUAAAGAAGAAAGAUCAGACUCGGAACGUGUUGUGUAUGCAAAUAGAGAGAGCCAAAGGUCCAGAGAGAGUAUGGCAGGAAAGGCAAGAAAUAUGUCACUCAAAAAUUCAGUUCCAAAUGAGAUGAGGGAAAUGCAACAGAAAGUGACUUCAAAUCCUCCAAGGAUUUCAUCAGAGAAUCAUUUUGCAUCUACCACGGCUUUUCCACAACGCGUAUCAUCAGGAAGGCCAUUUGGUGAUGGCACAGGGGCGUUUUCUUUCCCUAUUUUGAGCCCUUCUAGCCCAGCUACUAAGCCUACGUUGAAAGGAAUAAGUCCAAAACUAAUCAGUCCGUUAGAAGAUCCACCUCGUGACUCGUUGGAAGUUUUCCAACCAACAAGGAAAUCGAUUUCAAGAACUCCAGUGGAUCCUCAACGAGGUCUAAUUGGAGGUUUUACAAUGCCGGGAAGCCCUAUGUCUCGAGUUGCAGCCAUAGAUGACGAUGUGGGAAGUGAUGCAAGUUCAGAUUUAUUUGAAAUUGAAAGUUUUUCGACUCAAACAACAUCAUAUCCAAUGUAUCGCUUGAGGGAUUCGCUUGAUGACAAUCCUACAUUCAAUGCAAGAAGAUUUUUUUCUUCCAAUGGCAAUGAAAGUACUUUUUACGGCCGGAGGAGUCUGGAUGAGCCUCAGACUCCAAGCAUUGAUGCGACCGAGUGUUACGCACCGAGUGAAGUCAGCAUAGACUGGAGUGUCACCACUGCCGAGGGCUUCGACAGGGCAAGCGUAACCAACUUCUCCGUCUCCGCCUCAGAAAUUGGAAAUGUAGCAUUUCUAAGGGAAAGAUCGGAGGAGAAAAAUGGCGAAGCCACCUGCGGCCAUGGCUCUGGCAGCAAUGAAGCCAGUAAGAGGAAGGGGAACGGAUUGUUGAGCUGUCGACAUGAGAAGGCGGUGAGUGUGGGGCCGCAACCCGUGAAACUCGUGCCAGAGGGCCUACCAUUGCCAUUGAUUUCCACAACAGGCCACAUGAAUGGUAGGCCACAGAAAGCAAAUAAGCCACCACUUGCAAGUUCUUACUCUACCGGCUUGUCACUUGCUUUUGCAGCAUGA